AUGGCGAUCUCAAGCGUUUGCGAUCUCCCGGCGGAGAUGAUUCUUUUAUUCAUGGAGCGCUUGCCAAAUGUACCCACGUUAACCAACUUUAUCCUCUGCAAUAGGAGUAUUUACAACAUAUAUAUUAACCACCCAACCCAUAUCUUGCUGUCUGUUCUUGAGAAUGAGCUUGGCAAAGAUCUCCUUGUCCAUGCCAUUGUUGCGCACCAGGUCGAGAAGAUGGAUGUAACCUUGCCACGCUUUGCCAGUCUGUCCAUGGAUCAGAUCGACUCUGAAGUGGCCAAUCUUCGAGGGAUAAGGGACCAGGCCUUUAUCUUACAGCAUUCUUCCCCCAGACUCUCAUCUAUCAAAAUCACCCUUCGAGAUGCUAGCAGAAUCUCUUCCUUGUGGACCAAGGUAUCUCAGCUAUCAGAAGCAUUUGUGGGGGACUGCACUAGCGGGCUGGGGCGUGUAUUUUAUCCCUUAGAGGAUUCUAUUCGAUGGCGGCCGGUGUCGGUUUCUGAGAUGAGGAGGCUUCGACAGUCGAUGUACAUGUUCCACAUCUUGUCCCUCUUUUGCGAGGAUCUAUUCCUUGAUGUCCAACUCGAUCAACAUAACCAGGUUAUUCAGCAAAAGGUCAUUGCUUGCAUGGAUAAGAUUUCGAAAUUGCAGCGCACUCUUGUGGAUGGAUUUAUGGCUCCUUGGGAACUGUAUCAGGUUGUUUCGUUGCAGGCGUGGUUUCGUCGGCAGCUGCGUGAGUUGGAACGCGACACCUAUCUUAACGAGAGGCUGAUGCCCUACCUCCUUUCCCGGGGCAUAGAAUGCAUGCACGAGGGCAUGUGUCUCGACAGACAUGCGCGAUUCGGCUAUGCGAGUGAACGAGAAGGAGGGUUCUAUUUCUUUCUCAAUACAAUGAAGGAAAAGGCCAGAUGCCACCCAGCACACGGGUUCGGAAUGGUUCUUUCACGGGGGAUAAGGGACAACUGGGCGCGGAAGACGCCAAGGGCAUUUGACCGGUACAAUUGCUUUGGGGGCCGCCCAGACAAGGAAGCAUACACCAUCUGGCGUAACUUUGGAAUCUCCAGGCACACACUGGGCUUCGACUUGUCGGCUCCCGGAUCGUUUGACGUCUUGGCCGAAACAGAGGGCAUAUUGGAUGUCUGGUCUGCCGCAAUUUGGGACCCGAUUCGCUGGUCUGAUAUACGCCGCACCAUGGACGGCAACAUGCAGCCUUAUCCCUGGUACUUUGUAACUUUGCCUUGGGAUCCUUUUCUGGUGGGAUGGCAGAGUGCCAUGGAUCCGAGAAUGAGGGACGGCGUGAGGCGGGAGAGACGGAGCAGGCCGUUUGCGGCGUGGUUUAGGAUGAUGGCGGCAUCUCUCUUGGAAUACACGGUUUCUUUGGUUACGACACCAGUUGCCAUAUUGGUGGUUCUCCUAAGACGGUAG